UAAAGCUGGGGAGGAGGAUUGCUGAGGCCGGGUCAACUGAUCACCCAGACCUGCUCACUGUGCUGCAGAACAAAGAGGCCUGGAAGAUGGAGAGGGAGGAGACAGUAGCUAAGUAUCCAGGCCAACAAGCCAUCUAUUCAUUGCUCCUGAAAGAGAAACUUAAAGAAGAGAAACAGAAAGAAAUGGCUGGCUCUCCAGUAAACAUGUCCCAGGGUCUGUUGACUUUCAGGGAUGUGACUGUGGACUUCCCUCAGGAGGAGUGGGAAUGCCUGAACUCUGCUCAGAGGGCUUUGUACAUUGAUGUGAUGUUGGAGAAUUACAGCAACCUGGUCUCUGUGGAGAACUAUUGUAAAUGUGAUCCUGUCCAUCAACAAGUGAAGACUGAAAAGGAGUGUUGUCAGUGUGAUGAGCUUGGCAAAGUGCUUCAUGACCCGUCCACAUGUGCACUUUAUAGAACAAGUGAAACUACAGAAAACUCUAACAACUACAGGUGCAGUAAUCACGGGGAUGCUUCUUUUGACUCAUCAAACCCAUAUAGACAUGACAGCAUGCACACUGGAGAAGAACCUUGCAAACCUAAGGACUGUGAGAAAUCUUUAAAUUUGUGUUCCAGCAUUAAUAAAGAUCAGAGACUCUACACUGCAAAUAAAGAGCAAAGGCAGGGAGAAUAUGAUAACUGUUUUGACUCUACAUACAGUCUUUUGCAACAACCAAUCUGCAUUAAAGAGAAACCAUACCAGUGUGGGAAAUGCAAGAAAUGUUUCAGUACUGCCUCAAGUCUCACUGUACAUCAGAGAAUUCAUAAUGGAAAUAAACCCUACAAAUGCAACUUUUGUGGCAAAUCCUAUAACCAGUGUGCAAAUCUUAGAAUACAUCAAAGACUUCAUACUGGAGAAAAACCUUACAAAUGCAAAGAAUGUGGAAAGUCAUUUCGACAGUCUGCAGCUCUUAAAAGCCAUCUAAAAAUACAUACAGGAGAGAAGCCUUAUAAAUGUAAGGAAUGUGACAAAUCCUUUGCCCACCUUUCCGGUUUCAGGACACAUCAGAAAAUCCAUACUGCUGAGGAACAUUGUAGUUGUCAAGAAUGUGGCAAGGUCUUUCAUCAACUUUCACACUUUAGAAGACAUUAUAGACUGCAUACUGGAGAGAAGCCUUACAAAUGCAACGAGUGUGACAGAGCAUUUACACACUAUGCAUCUCUUAGAUGGCAUCAGAAAACUCAUUCUUUAGAGAUAUUUUACAAAUGUAAAGAGUGUGAUAAGUCCUUUCUUGAAUUAUCACAUCUCAAAAGGCAUCACAGAAUCCAUACUGGUGAGAAGCCUUAUAAAUGUGACAUAUGUGACAAAUCCUUUACUGUGAACUCAACCCUUAAAACACAUCAGAAAAUUCAUACUGGAGAGAAACCUUACAAAUGUAUGGAAUGUGACAAAUCCUUUAUCAAGUGCUCACAUCUUAGAAGACAUCAGAGUGUUCACACUGGAGAGAGACCUUACAGAUGUAAGGAAUGUGACAAAUCUUUUCCUGAGUUUUCAACUCUUAGAGCACAUCAAAAAAUUCAUACUGGAGAGAAACUUUACAAAUGUAGGGAAUGUGACAAAUCCUUUACCCAUAACUCAUAUCUUAGAACACAUCAGAGAGUCCACACUGGAGAGCGACCUUACAGUUGUGAGGAAUGUGCCAAACCUUUUACUACAUGCUCAUAUCUUAGAGCCCAUCAGAAAAUGCAUACUGGAGAUAAACCUUACAAAUGCAAAGAUUGUGAUAUGUCCUUUCUCCGGAUUUCUAGUCUUAAAAUACAUCAGAAAAUUCAUACUGGAGAGAAACCUUACAAAUGCAAAGACUGUGACAUGUCCUUUAGUCAGAUAUCAAAUCUUAGAAGACAUGAGAAACUUCAUACUGGAGAAAAACCUUACAAAUGUGUGGAAUGUGACAGAUCAUUUAGCCACAUGUCAAAUCUCAGAACACAUCAGAGAGUUCAUACUGGAGAGAGACCUUACAGUUGUAAGGAAUGUGACAAAUCUUUUACUAGGUUCUCCUACCUCAGAGCACAUCAGAAAAUUCAUACUGGAGAAAAUCUUCAUAAAUGCGAAGACUGUGACAUGUCUUAUAUCUAUCUUUCAAGUCUUAGAAGACAUCAGAGAGUUCACACUGGAGAGAAAAAUACCGUUCUCAUGAUGUGACGUAGCAUUUCUCAUUAUUCUCUGCUUAUAAACCCCAACAUCAUACACAAUAGAAGCAUAAAUAUAAAAAACUUGUAAAAGCCUUUAAAGAAGAUUUAAAUCUUAAAAAAUAUGACAGAGUUUAUAUUAAAAUAAA